CACGACUUGAACAAGCCACAUGCGACUCGACAUCCACACCAAAAGCCACCUCCAACCGCUUCAAUCGACUUCCGACGAAGUCACGCCAAAGCACACUCGACGCCCGACGAAGUUACGCCCAACUGCUCCAAUCAACGUCGGAAGAAGUGACCCGAAACCACUUCUGGUCUGCAUCAUCAGAUUGACAUAACACUAUGGCAUACAAGAAGUUGAGCGACUUAACUACAAGGGGACAGAAUUAGAACAUUCAAGUGAAAGUAAUGAGAAUGUGGGAUUCAGUCAAUCCUACAGCCCAUGAGCUUAUUAGCCUAGAUAUGAUACUGAUGGAUGAGCAGGUUUUUUUUUAAUAUAUUAAUUGGAAUUUUUUUGUCAGAUGAAGCAACAAUUACUAAACAUAUUUGAUUCUUUCGACAAGGUGAAACAAUCCAUGCUACUAUCUGGAAGAAUCUUAUAGAUACUUUUAGAUCAAAAAUCAUUGAGAACUCAGUUUAUGCAUUCAGCAAUUUUAAGGUUGUGGGAUCCACAAAAUAUAGGCCAGUGAGCAAUGUAAUUAAAAUAUUUUUUGCAUACAAUACAAAGGUAAAGGAGAUAAAAGGAUGUUCAGAAGUUUUUCUAGAUUAUUGCUUUGAGUUUGCUACCAUGGACACACUAGAAGAAAGAGCAGAAAAAGAUACACAAUGCUCAGAUGUCAUUGGACUACUAACACAAAUGAAGCCUGUGGAGACAAGAAUAACAAAGAAGAACCCACAACCUUCAUAUCUCCGCGAGAUUGAAAUCCUAAUGCCAGAGGGUGACAAAAUCAGAAUCACGUUGUGGGGAAAGUUUGCUUAUUUUUUGACCGAGGAUGUAAUCGGCAGCCAAAUUGUCCUUAUUAUUACAUCAACGAUGGUACAGAGAUUUAAUGGUUUGUGCGUAAAGUCAACCAGUGCCACAAGAAUAUAUAUAGAUCUAGAUAUACCAGAAACGCAAGAACUUCUUGAUAGGGACUCGACAGAAGAAACCUUACCAAAAAUGAUUAGUAUAGAUAGAAGUAAUCAAGGAACAUUAGAAGAACAAAUGUUUUAUAGGAGGAGAACAUUCAAGAACUUACUACAAUGAGGCACGAAAACCAGCCAGGCCAGGUAA